AUGUCGAAUAAAAAAUAUAUUGAAUGGUUAGAAAAAUCUAUUGCUAAUAAAUAUGUCAACCAUUUUGAAUACUCUGAAUUUCAAGAUUUUCAACUAAUAGGAAAUGGUGCAUUUGGAGAAGUUAUGCACGCUUAUUGGAAAAAUCAGGGCUGCGAUGUUGCAUUGAAAUCUUUUAAUAAUAAUAAAACGACUUUGAAGAAUAUUGUAAAAGAGAUAAAAUUACAUAAAGAAGUCGAUUUUCAUUCAAAUAUUAUACGAAUUUUUGGAAUCACAAGCGAAGAAACCGGUAAGUUUUUAGAAAUAUCAUGUAAAAAUUCUUAA